AUGUCCAACAAUGACGAGCCUACCGAUGGCUCUCGACAGUCGCAGGACACCGUGCAGCGACCGUCGCUUGUUUCGUCGCGUACCAUGUCCGACGUCGGCCGCCGCUCCUCACAACAUGUGCGAUUUUCCACCGAUCUCGAACGUCCCGUCGCCGAAGAACAGCGCAAUCCCCCCAACGACGACCGACGCCCCAGCUCUCGCGGCCUAACAAUUAACACGGCGCUGGCGCCCCCGAAUGUUCAACAAUCUGCUCGCUCGCCCACCUCCCCACUCUCCCCUAGUACUGGUCCCAACCCCCACGCCACACUCUCUCCGACAUCCCCACCCGGCACUGAUUCCAACGGUCGUUCACGGUCGCGAAAUCGUGGAUAUUCCUUGCGCCGAUCUCUUUUCAACAGAAAUAUCUUAUCGCAACCAGAACAAGAUGAUGCGGACGCAGCAGAGCUGGGAGAGGCCAAGGGCACGAGCCCGGUACGGGAAGAAGAACCUGUUCUUGAACCGCCGAUGGUGCAUAGCCCGGUGGAAGAAAAGAAUGAGUUGGCCGUCGCGCCGACCGCAACCGUCGAAUCGGACAAAGAAGCUGCCUCAACGUACUUCUCCUCAGAGAUUUCCGAGCAGGGCUUGAAGAAGGAUCAUUACAUGACAAUUGCGCAGGACAGAUGGUCGAGCAAAAAAGCGGAAUUGGCCGUGCUGUCGGAUCGCUUUGAAGCAUUCCUGACCAAGGUUCAGCAUUUCAUUCUGCGCAUCAAGGAGAUUCCGCCCACGGAGAAUGGUCGCCAUAUCAAUUUGAAACCCUCCUUGGUGGAGACUUAUCUUGAUGAGCGCACGGGGAAACCCUAUACUGAGAAUUGGAUUCGAUCGAGCCGCUACAGCUUUUGGAGUUUCUUCCCGCGUCAACUAUUCGCGCAAUUCACCAAGUUGGCCAAUUUCUACUUUCUAAUUGUUGCCAUCUUGCAAAUGAUUCCUGGGCUGAGUACCACGGGUACCUACACGACCAUUGUUCCGCUCUUGAUUUUCGUUGGUAUCUCCAUGGGCAAGGAAGGUUUCGAUGACUGGCGCCGUUAUCGUCUGGAUAAAGAAGAGAAUAACAGCUAUGCGUCAGUACUUCGGGCUACCGAUGGAGCGACAGACGAAGAUACGGAGGGAACUGCAGUGGCUAAUGGCUACUAUGACUGGGUCCAAAUCAAGUGGCAGGAGAUCCGAGUUGGAGAUGUCAUCAAGCUGCAUCGUGAUGAGCCCAUUCCCGCUGAUAUUGCCUUGCUUCAUGCCAACGGCCCUAACGGCGUGGCCUUCAUCGAAACCAUGGCCCUUGAUGGCGAGACCAACUUGAAGAACAAGGCACCAUGUCAAUCGGUGGCCAAGGUGUGCUCCACAGAAGAAGAUAUCACCCGCAAUGAGCUACAAUUCGUUGUGGAAGACCCAAACCUGGAUCUUUACAAAUUCGAUGGCCACGUUACUGUCAAUGGGCAGGAGAAGUUACCCUUGACAAACAACGAGAUUGUUUACCGCGGAAGUAUUCUGCGCAACACUGAUCGCGCACUCGGUAUGGUGAUCUAUACUGGCGAGGAAUGCAAGAUCCGUAUGAACGCAAACAAGAAUCCUCGAAUUAAACAGCCUGCUCUCCAAGCCAAGGUCAACCGCGUCGUCAUGCUGAUUGUGCUCAUCGUCAUCAUCAUGUCCGUGGUGUGCACCAUCGCCUAUCGCUUCUGGUCGCAGGAUGUUGAGAAACACUCAUGGUAUCUCAAAAAUGCUAGCGUGGCCUAUGGACCCGUCUUCACUUCCUAUCUCAUCAUGUUCAACACUAUGAUCCCCAUCUCACUUUACGUGAGUAUGGAGAUCGUUAAGGUUGUUCAAAUGUUCUUGCUCAACGAUAUUGACAUGUACGACCCCGAAACGGACACGCCCCUCGAGGCACGAACAUCCACCAUCAACGAGGAACUGGGCCAAGUCAGCUACAUUUUCUCCGACAAAACUGGUACUCUCACGAACAACUCCAUGCGCUUCCGUAAGAUAAGUGUCGCCGGAACGGCUUGGUUACAUGAUUCGGACCUCCAGGAGGAAGCUGCCCGUGAAGGCGAGAAACUCAUUCACAAGAAGCGAACCGUCAAAGGCAAGAAGGCUAUUGGCCGGAAAUCCAACCUUUCCGAGGCCCGCAUGCCCCGUCCGUCUAAUGUGUCCGCUGCCGACGUCUUGCGCCGCUCUACUCCUCACCGCACUACCGAGAUGAUCGAGUACAUCCAGCGCAAGCCAUACACUAUCUUUGCUCGAAAGGCCAAGCUAUUUAUCCUGGCUAUGGCAUUGUGUCACACCUGUAUUCCUGAGAAGGACGAGGCGGGUGAUUAUACAUUCCAGGCUGCCUCACCCGAUGAACUUGCUCUCGUGUUGGCGGCUAAAGAACUGGGUUACUUGGUGAUGGACCGACAGCCAAGUAACCUGACUAUCCGCACAUACCCUAACGGCCCAGAUGAGGCUGCUAGCGAUGAGACUUACCAGAUUCUGGAUGUCAUUGAGUUCUCGAGUGCACGGAAGCGUAUGUCGGUCGUGGUCCGCAUGCCUGACCAGCGUAUCUGCGUCUUCUGCAAGGGCGCCGAUACCUCUUUGAUGCGUUUGCUCAAGCGUGCCGAUUUAGCACAGGAGAAAUCGGAGGAGAUUGCGCGCCGCACUAGCAAGCGCAAGGCCGCCGAGGCAAACCAAGUCAUUCGCCGCAACAGCGAGUACAACAGCCGGAAAGACAGUGGUGUUCGGAGCAGUCUCAGUCGACCUAGCUUCACUCGCCGGCGCUCAUCCAUCUCUGGUCAGCAUACCUCAACUCUCCGUGCUAGCAUCGAUGUUUGGCUGCGUGACCGGGAGACAGAUGGUGGUAUCACCAACCGCGAAGCUGACAGCGAGUAUUAUUCUCCACGACCAUCGGCGCAAAUGUCCAUGGGAAGAAACUCUGCGGUUAUCUCGGAUUCUGGAAGUUCUACAAAUGGCGAGGAAGAAGAGGACCUUGUUGAAGAAGCCCUUGUGGUGAAUGAGACCGCCAUCUUUGAGCGGUGCUUCCAGCAUCUCAACGACUUUGCGACCGAUGGAUUGCGUACUCUUCUGUACGGUCAUCGAUUCUUGGACGAGACUACCUACAAUACCUGGAAGGCUGCAUAUAACAAUGCUUCUACCAGUAUUCUUGAUCGACAGGAAAAGAUUGAAGAGGUCGGAGAGCAGAUCGAACAACAGCUCGAGCUGACAGGUGCUACUGCCAUUGAAGACAAGUUGCAGAAGGGCGUUCCGGAGACCAUCGACAAGCUGCGACGCGCCAACAUCAAGUUGUGGAUGUUGACCGGUGAUAAGCGCGAGACAGCUAUUAACGUUGGCCAUGCUUGCCGUCUAGUCCGAGAUUACUCCCAAUUGACAAUCCUUGAUCAACAAAAUGGCGAUGUUGAACAGACGAUCAUUGACCUCACCAACGAGAUUCUUCGCGGUCGCGUCGCCCAUUCUGUGGUAGUUGUUGAUGGACAGACGCUUGCGACAAUCGAAGCGAACGAAAUCGUCCGAAAGCGCUUUUUCCAACUGGCUAUCCGUGUGGACUCUGUGAUCUGUUGCCGUGCGAGCCCCAAGCAGAAGGCGUUCCUUGUCAAGACGAUUCGCACUCAUCUCGACGACGCCAUCACUCUCGCAAUUGGAGAUGGUGCCAACGAUAUUGCCAUGAUCCAGGAAGCUCAUGUUGGUAUUGGUAUUGCUGGUAAAGAGGGUCUCCAGGCUGCGCGCAUUUCAGACUAUUCCAUUGGACAGUUCCGGUUCUUGCAGAAGCUGCUUCUGGUUCAUGGUCGGUGGAAUUACAUGCGCGCAUGCAAGUACACUCUUGGUACCUUUUGGAAGGAAAUGCUUUUCUACCUGACUCAAGCGCUCUACCAGCACUGGAACGGGUAUACUGGCACCAGUUUGUAUGAGUCUUGGAGUUUGAGUAUGUUCAAUACACUCUUCACCUCUCUUGCUGUGAUCUUCCUGGGGAUAUUCAGCAAGGACCUGGCCGCGUCGACACUGCUGGCUGUACCGGAACUCUACACCAAAGGUCAACGCAAUGGUGGCUUUAAUAUUCGAUUGUGGGCCGGUUGGUCGUUUAUGGCCGCCUGCGAAGCAGUGAUCAUCUUCUUCACUAUGUACGGCCUGUUCGGAAUGAUCCAAAUCAACCCCAGUGAUAUCGAUACAUUCGCCCUCGGCCUGCUCACCUUCACUACUUGUGUGGUGGUCAUCAACAUUAAACUUCAGGUCCUGGAAGUCCACAACAAAACCUACCUGAACCUCAUCGUCAUCAUCAUCUCCAUUGGUGGCUGGUUCAUGUGGAACAUGAUCCUUUCGAAAGAAUACAAGCUCAAAUCCGGAAAAGGAGUCUACGACGUCCCUUCAAAUUUCCUCUUCCACGUUGGCCACAAUCUCCUUUUCUGGGCUGUCCUCUUCGUCUCUGCCAUGUCAGUCAUCAUGCUCGAAAUGACAGUUAGCACCCUCCGUGCCCUCUUCCUCCCUACAGAUGUCGAUAUCUUCCAAGAAUACGAGCAAGACCUCGAUAUCCGCAGACGGUUCGAAGAGGCAGCAGCCACAGAACUCCAGCAGGGUUGGGAUCACGGUACCAAAAAAUCCAGUGUCGAGAUUGCCCGUGAAACUAUGGAGAUGGAUGCUCGAGAGCGUCAUGUCCAGGAGUUGCUUGCUCGUCCGCGUGUCAUGACUGAGGCCAAGCCUGUUGCUCAGGAACAUGAGCUUGAGGGCUACUCUAGUGGUAGUGCCAGUGCUAGUCAGGUCGGUAGCACCGUCCAUGAGACAACCGACAACACCUUUGGACCUGUCUCACCUUCUGAAUCCUGUGGUCCGCGCCGCUCUGUCGAGAUCCACGAAUUAUUCAGUAAAGGCUUUGGUGCAAUCCACAAAGGCCAACUGAAAUGA